UCGCAUCUUCUCUGCCUGCCCUCUUUGCCAAUGCUCAAGAGGAGGAAGCAAGAGAUCACAACGGCGCCAUGGUCAGGAAGGCUGCAUCCCUCGCCACAGAGUCACUGCCAGAAUGCGCCGAUUCAAUCGAGUCGCAUCCAUACGUGCCGGGUCUCUUUGCCCUCUCAACAUAUCAGGUCGAUCAGCAGGAGAUUGACCGUGAGAUGCGCGUCUGCGACACUGAUGCAUAUGUUGGGGGACAAGACGAGCCUAGCACAAAUUCCUCUAGCCCUCCCUAUACAAGGCGAGGCAUGCUCCGCCUCUACGAGGCGUCAAGAGGGGAAGGAGACAAUACUGUACAGACACGCAUCCUCAGCGAAGAGCAUAUGGCGGCCAUCCUCGAUGCGAAGUGGACUCUUGCACGACCAUCAUACGCUUCUAACUCUUCACAAGGUCUUCUCGCAGUGGCAGAUGCGCAGGGGCAUGUCACGUUGCAUCAGCUGCUCGGCGGGGAGCAAGCUUCGUCAUUGCGGCAUCCCUGGCGCUUGGAGCAGGUAGCCGACCUCGAGCUCAACCCCAGCAAGGCGCUCUGCCUCUCUCUAGACUGGAGUGAUAGGGCAAGACAUUAUCCGUCCUCGCAUCUCAGCAGCGGCGCGACCUCGGGCGGUGAUGCUAGCUUGGUAGUCAGCCAGAGUGACGGAAGUCUGGCUUGGCUGCCGAGCGUUGAGAUGGCUGUCACGGACAGUCAGCCAGCUGGGACUCAUGGCAUGGUCAAGGAUCGCAUGGAAGCUGAUGAGGGGGACGAAGAAAGCGAGGACAAUGACGACGGCGAUGAAGAUAGCGUACGCUUUGCGCCCUGGCCCACUGCACCCUACGGCCUCCAACGCUGGCAUGCUCACGACCAUGAAGCUUGGAUAGCUGCUUUUAACCCUCAUUCCUCCGGCCAAAUUCUCUGGUCUGGAGGUGACGACCUAGCUCUCAAAGGCUGGGACAUUCGCACACCCCUCCGCGGCGGCAAACGCCAGCCCACCUUUGUAAACAGGAAAAGCUUCGACGGUGGUGUAACGACCAUGCAGGCUCACCGGGCUGCGGACCGGGAGCAUACGUGGGCGGUGGGGAGUUAUGACUCUAGACUGAGGAUCUUUGAUGCCCGCCAGCCUUUGAGACCAGUAGCAGAAAAGGAGAUGCCGGGAGGUAUCUGGAGACUGAAGUGGCACCCUGAGAAUGCGGGGCUGCUACUAGCCGGGUGUAUGCAUGGAGGGUUUGCGGUCGUUAGGGUGGGCGAGGGGAGUGAGCCGGAGAUCGUGAGCACCUUUGAAGAGCACGAUAGCUUGGCGUACGGGUGUGACUGGGAUCGUGCUGCGGGUGAGGGAGGGCGAGAGGAGGACGAGGGGGGGGGGACAAUGAUCUAUUCGUGCUCCUUCUACGACAAGAAACUGUGCGCUUGGAGAGGGUAA